AUGCCCCCUGUCCCCGAAUGGGUGAAGGCUUUGAAGCCUACCAGCCCGCAGGGCUCAGAGCUUCUACAACAAGAGCGGGACAGCUCGAAUGUCUCUGUUGACAAGCUGGCGGAGCUGAUUCAUACCAAGGAUGUGCUCGACCGGCAGCAGAAAAUUCUGGCCAUCAUGGAAAAGGAGAAAGUGUUUGACAAAUCGCAAAUUCUUUCUAUGGGCCGUGUGGAACGGCUGACAGCGUCACUUGGGAAGGCCAAGCGCAUCCAACAUUUGAGGAAACAGCACAAUUGGACAGACGACGAAUUCAUCAUGGCUAAUGACCUUCUCAGCGAACCCACCCCUUACGCACUCCAUGCGAGCAUGUUCUUAGUGACCCUCAGAAAUCAGUCCACGCCAGAACAAGCGAAACUUUUCCUAGAGCCCGCGGAACGCUAUGAGAUUAUCGGUUGCUACGCCCAAACUGAAUUGGGCCAUGGAUCCAAUGUCCAAGGUCUCGAGACCACAGCAACCUGGGACCCUACAGACAGGACCUUCGUCAUGCACUCCCCAAGCCUGACGGCUUCCAAAUGGUGGAUUGGCUCACUUGGGAAAACUGCAAAUCAUGCCGUUGUGAUGGCACAACUGAUUAUUGAAGACAAAAGCUAUGGUCCUCAUCCAUUUGUCGUACAAAUCCGCGACAUGAAGACUCAUGAGGCUCUUGAAGGGGUCUAUGUUGGCGAUAUUGGACCUAAGUUCGGUUACAACACCAUGGAUAAUGGGUUCCUUCUUUUGAACCAUGUGAAAAUUCCACAUGUGAACAUGCUGGCACGGUUCUCGCAUGUUGAUCCAGCUACAAACAAGUACGUGCGUUCUGCUGCAGCUACUUUGGUCUAUGGUACAAUGACUUGGGUUCGAUCGACAAUUGUGCUUCAAUCGGGCAAGGUCCUAGCCCGAGGUGUAACAAUAGCCACGAGAUAUUGCUCUAUCCGAAGACAGUUCCAGGAUCGUGACACUGCAGACAAAUCCUCCGAUGAAAAUCAGGUUAUCAAUUAUAAGAUGGUUCAAAUCCGACUCCUUCCCCUCCUAGCUGCUACCUUCGCUCUCCAUUUCACUGGACGGCGAAUGAUGGAAAUGUACGAGGAAAACCAGAAACAAAUGGCUCGUGGUGGUUCGGCAAAGGGAGGGGUACUUCUCCUCGCCGAUCUCCACGCUACCUCAUGUGGUCUCAAAGCCCUUGGGAGUACCAUAGCAGCUGAGGGAUUAGAGGCAUGUCGGCGCGCGUGUGGUGGUCACGGCUAUAGUAGCUAUAGCGGUAUCGGCACGUGGUAUGCCGAUUAUCUGCCAACCGUCACUUGGGAAGGCGACAAUUACAUGUUAACCCAACAAGUAGCACGAUACUUGCUCAAAUCAGCUAGAGCUGUUUAUUCCAACAAUGCGCCUGAUAACGACACCAGCCGCAUUCUCAAGAACUAUAUCAGCCGCCGAGACAUGGGAGCUGCAUUCGACAUUCUUGACAAUGAUGCUGAUAUCGUAAACGCCUUUGCCUGGCGUGCUGCUUACCUAACUUUCGAGGCCCUGAAGCACCGCGAUGUAGCAAAACGCUCAUGGAACAGCUUGCUUAUUGAUUUCUGGCGUCUCUCGACUGCCCACUCACAAUACCUCGUCGUGAAGAACUUCUACGAAAGCGUCACUGCGCCUGCCACCGCCUCCGCCCUGGACUCUGAAACAACUGCUGUCCUCCACAAACUCUUCCGGCUCCAUGCGCUGUAUACAUUGGAACGCGAGUCCGCUGAUUUCUUCACGUCUGGUGCUGUGACUAUUCGUCAAAUCACUCUCGCACGGACCAAAGCAGUUGUCAAGCUCCUUGACGAAAUCAGGCCCCAUGCCGUCCGGCUUGUUGACGCAUGGAAAUUCCCGGAUUGGCAGCUUGACAGCUCCUUGGGCCGUUAUGAUGGCAAAGUCUAUGAGGACCUGUUUUAUCGUGCCAGCGAACAGAACCCGGUCAACAACCUCACUUUCGACCCAUCUCCAUCAUGCACCAUAUCAGAUGGUGAUUCGCCUUAUCCUGUUUAUGUUUGGUUACAUUAG